AUGUCCGACGUCGUCGAAGUCCCCCCGCGCCCGAUGAACGCCUUCUUCGCGUUCCGCACCCUCGCGCACUACGUGCGCACCCUCCCCUCCCCAAACAACACCACCACCACCACCAAAAACAACAAAAAGCGCUCCAACCACACCGACCGCGACUCUGCCAAGCAGAUCAACGCGCCCGAGUUCCUCGCCGCGCACCCUUCCGUAACACGCGCGAUCAAGUCCUGCUUCGUCGCCGCCGAGCUACACAGCACCCGCAAGCUCAAACAGGAGCGCGAGCGCCAGUGCACGUUUUCAAAAGUGUGCAGCGAGGCGUGGCGCGAGUUUUGCAGGGACAAGGACGACGCGGCGUACAGGGCGUUCGCGCGGCUCGUGCAAGAGGCGCAGGAGAGUCAUAAGAGAAGGUGGCCGGGGUACCGGUAUGAGCCGGGCGCGCGGAAGGGCGCGCGGAAGGAGCGGGCGAGGAGGGAGAAGGAGGAGAGGGAGAUGUGGAAGGAGGAGCGGAGGGCGGCGCGGGCAAGGGAGGCUGAGUCGUUCCACUUCAGUUGGGUGUCGGCGUCGGCAGGGGCGUCGACUUCGACUUCGGAGGACUCGACGCCGGCGCCGGGGUCGCCGCUUACGCCGCUCGACGAGCAGGAGCACGGCGCUUUCCCUGAGGUUGAAGUGCCGAAGGUUGAUGAAGUGGCGUUCGAGCCGCAGAUGGGCGCGAUGGACGUGGACUGGAACGCAGCAGGCUGGCCCGAUGCCCUUUUCAACUCGAACCAGCAACGGUACCUCGAUGUGCCAGUCACGCCGAAGGCGUAUGUGGCCCCGGUCGCACCAGAGCGGUUCUUCGCGCCGGCCGCACCGCAGCCGUACGUUGCGCCUGUCGCACCACAGCCGUGGGUCGCUCCGGCCGCACCAGAGCCCUACUUCGCGCCAGUCGCACCUCAGCCAUACAUCGCGCCAGUCGCGCCAGAGCCCUACUUUGCGCCGGUCGAGCCUCAGCAGUACGUCGCACCGGCUGCUCAACAACCAUACGUCGCGCCGGUCGCAUCGCAGCCGACAUCCGCGCCUCCGUCCAUCGACAUCCUGUCGUCUUGGUCGCCCGAGUCGCAAGUGAGCGUUUGGGGCGCGCUUGGGCAACCUCAGAAGCCCUUGGAGGAAGGGUUCGCUUUCCCGCCGUUGGAGGAGAUUAGAGGGGAUGAGUGGAUGGCCGAGUGGGUCAAUGAUGGAGGCUGCUUCUGA